ACCAGAGGCGGAAGUGACGUACACCAUAGGCGGAAAUGGGAUAGUUGGUGGUUCUCUUUCAUCUUGGUUGUUUCUCUGGGUAGGAUGGAGACGUCUGGAGUUCUCAGCGUGGAGGCCUUGCGGGAGCGGCUGCUUCACGGGCUUGAGGCCGAACAUGUGGAGGUGGAAGACACGACUCCUGGACGCUGUGCUACAAGCUUCAAAGUCCUGGUAGUUUCUCCACGUUUCCGAGGGAAAGCACUGCUACAGCGGCAUCGGCUGGUCAAUGAAGUCUUAGCUGAGGAGUUGAAACACAUUCACGCCUUUGAGCAGAGAACGCUAACACCAGAACAGUGGGCGAAAGAACAAGAAGCGAAGUGAGGGAGGAUCCCCUCUGCACUAGAAAGAAAAAAAUUGCCCCAAGAGGGCAGGAGUGGCAGCUGUCGAGUGAAGAUAUGAUGCAGGCAUGGGACCAUGGGAGUGGGUGAAGAUAUGAAGCAGGCAUGGGAAUUCUAGGAGGACUAGGAAGAGCAUGAAGCAGAAAAUAAAAUGUAAAAGACA